AUGUUAGGCAGUGCCACUAAAAGCUUUUCAGACAUAGUGAUGUCUGCAGAAAUGAUAGAGAAUGCCAUAAGAUGCGGCAAGAUAGAAGCGGGAGAAAGUACUAAAAGGUCAGCACCAAGAAAAAAAGAGCAUGAGAUAAACAAUACAAGCAUAUUUAACAAGGACCAUUCUAACACAAUCACGGUGGGACAAGCCAGGGCAGUAACCGCUAAUUGGCAAGGUUCUUUGAAACAGGAAUCUAAUCCAAGGCCAAAUGUAGAGAGACUUCAAUUCACACCCAUCCCAGUGACGUAUAGGGAAUUGUACCAGAACUUAUUCGAUGCACAUGUGAUUGGUGACUCAUCAAGACCGAAUGUAGCAGAGAAUCCGUUGCCCAACCAUGAUAAUAAAGGGGUGAAUGCGAUAACUGAGUAUGGAGGAAGAAGAGUUAAAGCCAACAUAGCAGAGAUAAAGACCCCCCUUGAAUGGGUUUGGAAACAAAUGAUGAAAAGAGGUCUCAUCAAGCAAGGUUCAAUAGAAAGGCCUGAAGGAGCAAGGAAAUUUUGUGAGUUCCAUGCAGAAAAAAGCCAUGACAUCCAAGAAUGCACCGAGUUCAGAACCAUGGUGCAAAACUUAAUGGAUAACAAAGAGUUGGAGUUUUAUGAAGAGAUUAAGGGACUAGAAGAAGGAGAGGUUUAUGCUGCAGAAGAAGGAUCUACGGGGAAAGCCCAAAAGGCUAAUCACCCGGUAGUGAUUAUUGCAAAACCAAUGAGCAGAGAAUCGGGAAUACAAAUAGCACCAAAGGUCAUAAUCCAAAAACCUGUAUCCUUUCCCUACAAGGAUAGCAAAAAGGUUCCUUGGAAUUACGACUGCAAUGUAACAAUCCCAGGAGAAGAGAGCUUGGCAAACGCAAUAGUGGAAUCUGGAAAAGGAAAAGCCUUAGCGGUUGAAUUGGGAAAAGCAAAAGUAGACAAAAUUGAAACGCGUGUCAAUCAGCCGGUAACUGAAAAUGAGGCUAAUGAAUUUCUAAAAUUCUUAAAACAUAGCGAGUACAGCGUGGUAGAACAAUUACAUAAGCAACCGGCUCGUAUCUCGAUGCUUGAAUUGCUCCUAAGUUCAGAGAUAUAUCGUAAUGUGCUGAUUAAGGUGCUAAAUGAAACUUACGUCGCUGAUGAUAUCUCAGUGAAUAAGUUGGACCGUUUGGUUAAUAAUAUCAGUGCCGAAAAUUUCAUUUUCUUUAAUGAUGAUGAAAUACCGCCCGGGGGAAGAGGAGCCACCAAAGCCUUACAUAUCACUGCUCGCUGCGGGGAGUAUACGUUAGCGGGAGUGCUAAUUGAUAAUGGAUCAGCCUUGAAUGUUUUACCCCUAUCUACCUUAAAUAGGUUACCGGUGGAUAGUUCCCACAUGAAAUCAUGCCAGAAUAUAGUGAGAGCAUUUGAUGGUACCGAAAGGAAGGUGAUGGGAAGAAUAGAAAUACCCCUCUUGAUUGGGCCGAAUACAUACGAAGUGGAUUUCUUAGUGAUGGACAUCAAGCCUUUGUAUAAUUGCUUAUUGGGGAGACCAUGGAUUCAUUCAGCAGGGGCGAUGCCUUCAUCAUUGCACCAGAAGUUGAAAUUAGUGACAGAAGGCCGGUUAAUUACGAUCGACGCUGAGGAAGACAUCAUUGCAUCGGUAACCAGUGACGCACCAUAUUUGGGAACAGAUGAUGAGGCGAUCGAAUGUUCCUUUCGAUCCUUAGAAUUCAUAAAUGCGACUUCUGUUAUUGAGGGAAAGAGAAUCCCAAUGCCCAGUAUGUCUAGAGCCACGAAGAUGGGAUUACAAAUGACAAUUGGGAAAGGAGCUGUGCCUGGAAGAGGACUGGGAAGAUGCCUUCAAGGAAGAAUAGAGGCACCAGUGGUGAAGGACAAACAGGACCACUUUGGUUUAGGAUUUAAACCAAAUGCUAAGCAAAGAAGGAAAGAGUUAGAAAAAAGACAAGAGAGGAGGAAGGCGCGUUUGAACGGAGAAGAAGUUGAUUGGGAACCUAUGGCUUUCCCCUACAUAUCUAGGACCUUCGUAUCGGGAGGAACUAUGUAUUCUGGACUGAGGACUCCGAGAAGGAAGACCACAGAGGAAAUGUUAGGAAACCUGAACAUCAAUGCCAUAUUUGAAGAGGAAUCUGAAGAAGGAAGUACCUCAGGCAUCUAUCUCUUUGAACCUGGGAGUGUUUUAAACAAUUGGACUGCAGAAGAAAUGCCUGAAGUUUUUAGAGUUUUCCAGAAGACGAUAGAGACGGUGAUCCUGGAAGAGGGAAAGGUGGUGAAGAUUGGCACAUGCAUAGCUGAAGAAGUAAAACAAGACCACAUUGGAUUGCUUCGAGAGUUCAAAGAUGUCUUCGCAUGGUCGUAUCAGGAUAUGCCUGGCUUAAAUACGGAUAUUGUAGUUUACCAUCUUCCUAUAAAGGAAGAUUGCAAGCCGGUUCAGCAAAAACUACGAAGAAUGAGACCUGAUGUUGUAUUGAAAAUAAAGGAGGAGGUGCAAAAGCAAUUCGAUCUUUGGAUUCCCGCAAGUGGUCAAAUAUUCGAGUGGGUAGCCAAUAUUGUACAUCCCUAA